UUACGCAAAUGGCGUUUGUGAAUAGCCGGAGCGUAGCGUGUAGGUUCGUGUGGCUGGUUCGCUCCUGUUUCACUGGGCCACACGGGGAAGGUAAAUAAAGACAGGACGGUCACCAGCGCAGCAUUUUUAGCCGUCAGACCCCGACAACUAGAGGACCGUCCACCGCUGCCGUGUCUUUAGGGCCUGCUUUCCUCGGUCGGGUUUGGUCUUUGUUUUAACCGCAUUACUCACGGGAUAAAAGGCGAAAGAGAAGAAAAAGAGGUGACAACGUCGCCUGUGCAGAUAUCUUAAGGUGCUAGUUUGAUCCAGCCUGAGGGUGUGUUACCAUGGCGAUGCGGGAGUUAGUGGAGGCGGAAUGUGGGGGAGCCAAUCCCCUCAUGAAACUGACUGGUCACAUGACCCAAGAGGGCGGGGCUUGGAGACAUCGAUCAACGCCCACUAUUCCUCCUACUCCCAUUGAAAUAGCCACUGAAGAAGAGCUGGUCAGUGAGUUUCUGCAGGGUCCACAACGGCCUCCUCAUAGUUUUGAUAUGGGUCAACUGCUGGAGGAGAUGCAACAGAUUGAUCAGCAGAACUACAGACAGGCUCCACAGAGAGCUCCCGAUGUGGCAGCUCUGGCUCUGUCUGGCGACUGGGCAUCAGAGUUUCUGUCUACUGCUGAUGCCGCCUCUUCUUCUGGACAGGCAGCUCUUGAUCCAGCCGAUGCCGACUGGACCAGAGAAUUUAUCAAUGAAGUGGCAGAUCCGGGCCGCUGGGCAGAGGAGUACCUGGAGCAGUCAGAGGAGAAGCUAUGGCUGGGAGAUUUGGGAGAAAGAGAACAGGACAAAGAAUGGGCUCAAGAAUACCAGUCAGGUGAAGAACUACGUCAAACCGCAAAUGAACUUGUUGCCAAAGUGGACGAUCCUAAACUACAGAACACAGAGAAGAAACCACUGUUCCUGCGGUUCAUUAGGCAGAUUGGCGAGGGCAGUGUGACUGUGGAGGACAGAGCAGGAAAAGAGCACACUGAUAAAGCACAGGCCAAAGAGGCAGAGCAUUGGGCCUCCAGCCUCAACCAGGUUUCGGCAGAAUCGGCGGAGUCUUGGGUCGAUGAAUUCGCCACCUACGGGCCAGACUUCCAGCAGGCCAAAGCAGCGGUCGAGAGCGAUGUUGAUUUCUGGGAGAAGCUCCAGCAGGAGUGGGAGGAAAUGGCCAAGAGGGAUGCUGAAGCUCACCCCUGGCUCUCAGACUUUGACCAGAUGCUCAGCAGCUCUUACGACAAGGGAUAUCAGUUUGAGGAAGACAACCCCUACCUGUCCCAUGAGGAUCCGUUUGCAGAAGGGGUGAAGCGGAUGGAGGCGGGAGACAUUCCUGGAGCUGUGCGCCUUUUCGAGAGCGCCGUUCAGAGACAGCCAGACAACCAACUGGCCUGGCAAUAUCUGGGCACCUGCCAGGCGGAGAACGAGCAGGAGUUUGCUGCCAUCAGCGCCCUCCGGAGAUGUAUAGAGCUGAAAAAGGACAAUCUGACGGCUCUAAUGGCUCUUGCUGUGAGCUUUACCAACGAGUCGCUUCACAGACAGGCCUGCGAGACGCUCCGGGACUGGUUGAGGCACAACCCCAAAUACAGAAUCAUCCUGGAGCAGCAUGAGCGAGAGAAGCAGAGGGAGGGGGCGAGGGAGAGAGAGAAAGAGAGUGAAAGAUUUGGAUCCCUUCUGCCAGAAGCACUGUUUGGUGAAGUGCAGACGUUGUUUCUGAAUGCAGCGGCGGCUGAGCCCUCGCAGGUGGACCCGGAGCUGCAGUGUGGUCUGGGUGUUCUCUUUAAUCUGAGUGGAGAGUAUGACAAGGCUGUGGACUGUUUCUCUGCCGCACUCUCUGUCACACCACAGGAUUAUCUGCUGUGGAAUAAACUGGGAGCGACUCUAGCUAACGGGAACCGCUCGGAGGAGGCGGUCGCUGCUUAUAGACGUGCGCUGGAGUUACAGCCUGGAUUUGUACGCAGCCGAUACAACCUGGGCAUCAGCUGUGUCAACCUGGGGGCACACAGGGAGGCAGUGGAGCACUUCCUGGAGGCGCUUUCUCUGCAGCGACAGGCUGCAGGUGAUGGAGAGGCCGGUGCUGGACGAGGGCCUGGUGCUGCAGCCACCAUCAUGUCGGACAACAUCUGGUCCACACUACGCAUGGCACUGAGCAUGAUGGGAGAAAGCUCACUCUAUUCCGCCGCCGACAGGCGAGAUUUGGACACACUGCUGACACACUUCUCCCACAGAGAAGGAGAGGCGGAAUGAAGGACGAUAUGGUGCGGGUGUGGAGACGCCUGUUUGGGAGAGGAAACCAGAAGACUGAGGUGUACAUUUCAACAAGAGGGGCUUGACUUUUAGAGGCGCUACAGUAGACGGAGAACAAACAGCCAUUUAGCUCCAGCACUGAAGAAUAAACUGAUAAACUGCCCUUGAGGGAAAACCUAUGGUACAGUUUAACUACACCACAAUAUUGCUGCAUUUCUGUCACAAGUUUACGCUUACCGUUGUAAUUUUUGCAUUAAUCUUGAAGAUUACGGUUCUUUCCAUUGAUCAGAUUUACAGCGAUAUUUCUCAUAUAGGGAAAAUAUGAUCCACGCACUGUGAGCUCAAAUGAUACUUGCUUCUGUUUGAAACAGAGACGAAGGAUGUGGAGAUAUAAUUGUUCUAUAUCACUACGAGCCCCGUGUAAUCCGCAAGUUAUGUUGGCUGAGAGGAGGAAGAGUUGUGAGACUAAUAGACGUGUCUGUAAGCACUCUUUAUUAUCACAUAUUUGCUGUAAAUUAAUUUGCUUAAUUGUAAAUUCUACUUGCCAUAUUGUGUAGUGUACCAUAAUUAUUAAUGUUUUGCAUAUAGCCAAUUCAAGUUGCUCUGAUAUAUGUAAUUCAAGCAAUAAAGCUUUGACAAAAA